AUGACUUGUAUACGUAACGUGCACAUUGUCCCCCGUAUGACUUGUAUACCCUCCCCAGGUCCACCCCCUGCACCAGCAGCUUCACCUGGGAGCCUCCCUGAGUCCUCGCUUACAUUCCUGGCCACACUGGCUCACAGUACCUCAGAGGAGAUUGAGCUCCAGCUGCAAGAACGCAUGGAGUUCAGCAAACGAGCCGUGUCCUGUGUAUUAGAGACAUCCAGCAGGUUGCACCGUCGCAUGGAGGAGCUUUGCGAGCGCUUACAGAGUGGAGACUUUGAACAGCUUGAUGAAGUGAUUCGGAAUUUAAACAAAGAUUUGAUCAGCGAGAACCACAGAUUGCAGGAUCUUGCCAUAGUGCUGCAAGAGAAACAUCACCGCAUUUCCCUGCAGCACCAUGAACUGCAGGACCGCGUCAUAUCUUCUGAGACUAAAGUGUCGGAGAUGGAGCGGUGCAUUGAGGACUUGCAGUGGGACAUCGAGAAACUGCGCAAACAUGAACAAAAGCUAAAUCGGCACCUUGCAGAGGCUCUGGAACAGCUAAAUUCUGGCUAUCACGUUUCAGGCAGCUCCGGAAGUUUCCAAGGAGGACAAAUCACCCUUAGUAUGCAAAAGUUUGAGAUGCUGAAUGCAGAGCUUGAACAGAACCAAGAAUUGGCCAAUAAUCGGAUGUGUGAGUUGGAGAAGCUGCAAAAUGAGCUGCAGUCGGCCGUUCGUCUGAAGGAGAAGCUGAAGCUGGAUCUGCGCACUCUUCCGGAGGAGGCGGUCAGGGGCACUCAGGAUUUCCGCUGCCUGCAGUCUCAGUUCUCUCUCCUGUAUAAUGAGUCUUUACAAGUGAAGACUCAGCUUGAUGAGGCCCGGGCACUGCUGCUGAGUACAAAGAAUAGCCACCUACGGCAGAUAGAGCGCAUGGAGAGCGAGGAAUUGUCUGUGCAGAAAAAGCUGCGCACUGAGGUGAUUCAGCUUGAGGACACAUUGGCUCAGGUGCGCAAGGAGUACGAGAUGUUGAGGAUUGAGUUUGAACAGAAUUUGGCAGCUAAUGAGCAAGCAGGUCCUAUUAAUCGUGAGAUGCGUCACCUCAUCGGGAGCCUUCAGAAUCACAACCACCAGCUGAAGGGUGAUGUCCAGCGAUACAAACGCAAAGUACGAGAUGCUCAGGGGGAGGUGACAAAGAUGCGUUUAGUAAUGGGCGGGGGGCCCUGUCCCACUACAGGGGCCGCAGGGGGUGAUCAGUCUACAACAGCUGUGAAGGAGGAAGAGACUGAUGUGAAGCGAGAGCCUCCUGGUCCCCAGCCCCGAGAGCCUGAAACCCCUGUUACCCCAGAGGUGAAGAAGGAGGAGGAGGAACCGAAGAAAGAGGUAGAACGGAGUAAAACAAAAGAACGUGAGUCUGAGAGAGACAAGGAGCGCGAGAGAGACCGUGAGAAGGAGCGAGACAAGCAGAAAUCUGAGGAGAGCAAACGCAAAGAUUCUGACAUCCUCAAACAGCUGAGAGCUGAGCUCAAGAAGGCGCAGGAGAGUCAGAAGGAGAUGAAGCUCUUGCUAGACAUGUACAAAUCCGCCCCCAAGGAGCAGAGAGAUAAAGUGACGCUGAUGGCAGCUGAAAGAAAAACCAAAGCAGAGGUGGAGGAGCUUCGUGCUCGAGUACAAGCCCUGGAGGAGAAAGAUCGGCGAGAGAGGAAGAAGUUGGCCGAUGAGGAGGCUCUGAGGAAGAUCAAAUUAGCCGAGGAGCAGAUAGAACAUCUACAGCGGAAACUUAGUGCUACCAAACAGGAAGAAGAGGCUCUGCUCUCAGAGAUGGACGUGACAGGCCAGGCGUUUGAGGAUAUGCAGGAGCAGAACAUCCGCUUGAUGCAGCAGCUACGAGAGAAAGAUGACGCAAACUUCAAACUCAUGUCUGAGAGGAUUAAAUCCAACCAGAUACACAAACUGUUAAAGGAGGAGAAGGAGGAGCUGGCGGAACAAGUCCAGGGGCUAAAGACGCAGGUGGAUGCACAGCUGCUGCAGGUUCAGAAGUUGGAGGAACGGGAGAGGCUGCUACACACCUCGCUGGCUGCUAUAGAGAAGGAGUUGGCCCUACGGAUCCAGGCCCUGGAGCUGCAUAAGAGGAAGGCUGUAGAAGCGGCACAGCUGUCUGAAGACCUGAAGGUCCAGCUGGAACACGUUGUGAGCACUCUGAAGGACACUCAGAAUUUUGUCUGCGACAAUCGCACUGCAAAGGAAAAGGAGUCGUUCAGUUUAAAGAGAGCACAGGAGGAAAUCUCUCGACUGCGUAGGAAGUUGGAGAAACAGAAGAAGUUAGAGGUGUAUGCGGAUGCAGACCAGAUCCUCCAAGAGGAGAUCAAGGAAUAUCGGGCCCGUCUCACCUGUCCAUGCUGUAACACCAGGAAGAAAGAUGCUAUUCUCAUAAAGUGUUUUCAUGUUUUUUGCUUUGAGUGUGUGAAGACUCGAUACGACUCGCGGCAGCGCAAAUGCCCCAAGUGUAACGCAGCCUUUGGAGCACAUGACUUUCACCGGAUAUAUUUUAAUUAGGAACUGUGGUGUCCUCCACAGCUGAAAAACUGAGCCACUUAUGCCUAUAUUUAAUAAUCUCCCAUGUGGGAGAUCCCUUACCCACCCUUACUGGGACAACAAGGACCAAGAACAGGAGAAUGUCUGUCUGUUUUUUGUGGACAAUAAAGAGACCAAUAUGGGGCCCUGGCUUUAUUUAAAA